GGACAUGGAGACGGCUCUGGGAUUGACACUUACAGACCAGACACUCUAUCUGCUGCAGAGUCCAGACCUCUGCAAUGCCCACAUGCAGAAUGUCCAGGUAAUGACACCACGUGUCUUUGGGGAUAGCUCAUUAACUGCCCCCAUCCAAAGUGCUUCGGGAUUCCUGACAUGGCCUCCAGCUCCAAGCCUGGAACAAACAGAGAAUAACAAUAUGGAUGAGAUGACUGCUGACCCACCCAUGCCUAGGAAGACCUAUGAGUGCAUUAAAGAAAUCCAAGAUGCACCACUCCUCCCUCUAGCACAGCCCGGCAUGCAGCAGCCCCUGAACUACUCUGAUGAUGGAAGCCUGAGGGAGAAGCUAGCUGCUGAUACUUCCACCUUGAGAAGCACUAGCCUUGGUCUGGGAGAGAGAGGGAAUCUGCGGAGUGUCAUGAUGCCCAGCAUUGAUUUUGAAGACAUGACCACACUCGUGUCAGACAUUCACCUCCCCCAACUCUUGAACUCCGUCACUGACCUAGUCCAAUUGGAAGAUCCCUCAGCAACACGAUCGAAAGACUUCAGAGUCUUCAGGAGGGAUGACGCUCAGGAAAGCUCCAGCAGGGGAAUCUUCACAUACAAAGAGGUGAACAAGAAAGACCAGAAAGCCUCUGAUGUGCUUCAUGGAGCUCCUCAGCCCAGAAUCCAGUGCCACAUCCUGUUGGAGGGAGAAGAGGCUGUAGGCAUUUCUACAGCCAGUGAAGGGACUUUUGACAACACAGAUCAGAAAUCUUCACACAGCAGACCCAGAAUAUCUAGGGCACAGAGCCAAGACAAGACCAAGAAGACCAGAGACAACCAAACCAAGAAAACUGGAGAUCUGAAGCCAUCUUGUCCCAGAGUCAAGGUAGAAGACAAGCUCAGCGUCCCCAAGACCAAGAGGAAGAGGAGUCCACCUGAGCUCAGGCAGGACAGCUUUAAAAAGCCUCGAACCCACCUCGGCAUGCACAUGCUGGAGGCCGUGCAGGUCUUUCACCCACUGGGAAAGAAGAGUGACAAGAAAACGGGCAUCUCCUGCUUUCAGUCUCUGCCAAACUUCGGCAGCAACCAAGAUGCCAGGACAGGCCCGGCUACCACAUCACCGCUAGAUGUGCCAUGUGAUGGCCCAAGGCCUGCUAACACCCCAGGAAAUGCUCAGAGACCAGAGAGCAGUGCUCCCAAGGAGUGUCCACCUCCCUCCCUGUGUAAGCUGCCCCCACCUGGAAAGGUCAAGUUAGUACCUCUCCCCUUCCCAGAACUGGGCAAGCCUCAAGCCAGACCUUUUUCCAGAAAGCUUCUCUCCCUGACUUCAGGCAAGCCCACUGCAGCUUACGCUGUGAGGCCGCAUUCCCACUCGGCUCCGUCUACCACACUCAAUUCAUCCCAAGCAGCUCCUGCCAGCAAAUCCUUGACGGCCUCUGAGAAGACAGCAGUGCCGACCGCCACCAGUGCCACAAAGCAUAACAUACCCAACAGCUUCUAUUCUUGCACAAGGCCUCGGCCAGCUGUCCCUGGGCCUGACCCCUACAGAGCAUCAGCUCAUCCUUCGCUCCAGGGGGAGCUUGUCUCUGCUGCCAGGAACAAGGCCCCAUCACCUCCCAAACCUCAAACCCAAUAUCUGCUGCAAGACUUCAGCCGCCAACCACUUCCAUGGAGGAAAGUCGACAUUCCAGGUCCAGGCAUCUCACAGCCCAUCACAGCAGAGCAGAGGCCAGAAAGGGAGGCCAUGAAGACCUGGGCCCAAUGGGAGCGACAGAAUGCUGCCAAGUGCUCCUCUCAGGACAAACUGCACGUUUUCCUUCAUAGGGAAAAGGAUAUGGAAAUUGCUCAAUAUUAUGGCUAUGCAAUGUAA